AUGGAGUAUGCUAAAAGUGUGCGUAGUGCUCUACGCCCUCAGACGCUAUUUGUCUCUGCGUAUCCCGUACUUACUGCCGUCAGUCUCUUGCACAAAUCCCAUGACAUCUCCUGCUUCCAGAUGGACAUGUUUGUCAUUCUCGGCUGCGCUUUGUUGACGCAAUCGAUAGGGAACCUUAGCGCAGUAUACAGCAAUUUUCAACGGACGUUGCAGCCCAAAGAACCUGGAGCGUCGGAUGUCAAGAUCGUCCUCAAUUUACUGUCAUUGACUCAAGUUCGACGUUGGUCGUAUCUAUUAUACAGUCUUCAAUUGACUUUGCUUGGUUUAACGCAUGUCAUUUGUGACAAAAGUAUUGGACUUACAGGAGGAAUGAUGCUACUCGCAACAUUGACAUUAAUUUAUUGUCGACGUGGUGAAGAGCCAUUGCCAAUAGUUGGGCUACGUGAAGCUGUCGUAGCGUGGGCUGCUGGGCCUGUAGCUAUGUGUGGUACGGCUUUUUACCUGGUUGGGGAGGUGCCAUGGGCUAUUGUAUUGUAUGCAUACAUUGUGAUGCUUUUCACAUGGGCGUAUCUACUACUUGAUAGUGCACGAGACGCGCCGUUUGCACGAAGCAUGGGGCGUUCUGACACAUCGUUGGCACUGAUAUUGGGUUUCCAGUAUUGUUUUCAGGGUUUUUUGCUCUUGAUGGUAUCGUUCUACGGUCUUGUUCUGGUAGUAGGAAUUGCGAUGGGUCAUCUAGGAAAUUUCUUGCUGCUGUUGACUAUUCCCAAACUCAAGGACAUCAGCGAGGAUUUCAGACUAGAAAGACUCAAUCUCUUGCCGGAGCAGUUUGCUCGACUUGCUGCAUUUCUGGGAUUCGGACUCAUUGUCUCGAUUCUUGCAGGACUAACAUAG